AUGGCCACAGCUCAACGAUGGCGAACAGCUGCCUCAAUGUACGAAGAUCUUCUCCGGCUUAACGGGUUGUCUACAGACGAUACAAGGCUCAUUCGACACUCGAUAGAGAGCCAAAAGUAUUGGGAGAAGGAAAAAGACGUUCUCAGCAGCAAGUUGCCCUUCGAGAACACGAAAUGCACGAGCGGCCUCGUGCAAGGAGGAAGGAUAUGCAGCCGCAACGUCGGGAGCGAGUACGACGACGCCUUCGGGCAAUAG